CUUUUAUUAAACAAGAAACACAACUAAAUAUAAUAAAUUACGAUUAUUUCUACAACUUUGAAACAUGAGUUCUACUUCACAUGUUGAAUCUUUUAAACAUAAAAGUGAACAGAUUCCUACAAGCUCAAAAUGUCAAGUAACAAGCUCAAAACAAAAAUCACAUGAAGAAGAACACUAUUUAUCAGGAAAGUCACUGUGUGUUGCACCUUUACCAAAAACUGUACCGCCAGAGGAUUUAAUGAAUUUUUUUCGACAAUUUGGACCAGUUAAAAGACAACAUUUUGGACGGAAUUUCUACUGGAUUGAAUACCAUGAUAGCAAACCUGUUGAUAUUUUAAUGAGUAAAACAAAUUGGCUAUCAAAUGAAAAAUUAUGUUUGAAAAGACUGAAGAAGAAUGAAGAACAUUUGAAUUUGGAUAAAACACAACAACAAAAACAUACUAAUUUAACAGCACCACAACAAAAUGACGCUGUUCGAAAAAAACCUAAGAAUAAAACUGAAGAGGAAGAAGAUCCAAUAAGUUAUGAUCGUGUAAAAGAUGUUAUUGAAAAUGAAGUAACAUUUGACAACCAAUUAGCAGCUCUUUUAAAUGCAGUACAACUUACUGAAUUUGAAUUGUCAACAAGAUAUAAUGUCAUUUGUUCUCAUUUAGAUGAAAUAUUCAAAUCGAUUUUCCCAGAAUGUCGCACAUUCAGAUUUGGUUCAACGGUGGCACAAUUAAGCUUUAAAGAAAGUGACUUAGAUAUCUACAUGUACGUCGGUAGAAUCGGUUUGCCGCCAAAUUAUUACAAACCGGAUAUGCCAUCGCAUAUAUGGACGACAAUGGUUUUCAAGAGAGUGAGAAAAGUUAUGUAUACUAUGAAAUCUGUAUUUACCAACAUAAUAUCAAUCCCUAAAGCAAAAACACCUAUUAUAAAAUUUCGUUAUAUACCAACUAACGUCUCAUGCGAUAUUUCUUUUAAAAAUGGCCUAGGAAUCUAUAAAAGUGACUUCAUGCGAUAUUGUGCAUUACAUGAUCCUCGAUUAAGACCGCUAAUGCUGUCCAUCAAAUACUGGGCGAGGCAUUUCAGAAUUUCGGGUAGUGGGAAAAUUUCUAGUUAUGGAUUAGUGUGUCUAAUUAUUUUUUAUCUUCAGCAAGAAUCGGUUGGUCUCCUUCCGCCUUUACUAUACCUUCAGAGAAAUUGUACCCCACUGAUUAUAAAUGGAUGGCAAGUGAAUUUUAAUGCAAAUACUGUAUUACCAGCCAUUACCAACAGCAGUAAUAUUGCAACUCUGCUUCACAAAUUCUUUACUUUUUACGGUGAAUUCGAUUUUACCUCAUGUGUGUUAUGCUUAUUGGAUGGAAAAACAUAUUCAUUAUCUGAUUUCGAACAGUUAGAUAAAUUACCCGAUUACAUGGACAGAUAUAAAUAUUAUGUCCAUUACAUGGAUAAUACCAAGAAAUUGGAUAUUUACAAGCCAGUAUGUUUGCAGGAUCCAAUCGAACUUAAUCAAAAUACAGCUGCAAAUACGUCAGAUCGUGCAUUAUUAACAUUUCAAUUUUGCUGUAAAUUUAGCGCGGAUGUCUGUUCAACGGCUAGUGAAAAUAAUUACAAUUAUUUAUUAAAGAUGUUAUUUUCUUCAAUACCUCCUCAAUUGAAACAGAUGAAGAAGAAGAAGAAUCAUUUCAAAGAUGUAAUAAAGGCUGGUCGUUUUCUUAAUGUUGGAUUACCAGAAGAUUUUGAAACACGUGCAGACAUUACUAAUAAAGAGCAGUAUAAGAAAGAUAAUUGGUACUUUAUUACUUUUAAUCUAAUAAGAGAUAUCUUUGAAAAGAUUUUUAAGUUGCAAGUUGAGGUACUUCUCGAUCAGGAAGCAAAACAGCAGAAAGUUGAAGUAUUAUCUGAUGUACAUACCAGAAAUUAUCAAAAAGUAACGUUUCACUGCACAGGAAAUAAAUGUGUGUGGUACAAUAGAAAGAAAAAUAAUAGAACUCUGUUGGAUCUUCAAUUAAGUCUUCUGGAGAAAGAAGCAAUUAUGUCAGAUAAAGUAGUGGAGCAAUUAAAAGAACAUGAUAAAGCAAACAACAUAAAGCUGGAUUUUAUAUGUACGUUAGAAAAGGUGGACAAUCCUGUAGCAGUGAUUAUAGCGCUGAACGAUGAGGACAGUCAGGAUUAUGUUUUUCGACAAUUUGAAUGUUUCAUAAAUAGUUGGAUACCAAAAAUAAUAAACAAAACAUUGCUACACAUGCUACAGUACAAAAAGACUUAUGAUCAAUUACUAUGCCACCAGUCAUGAUGUUAAAAGUCAUGAUGCUUUCCGGCAUGAACCAAACUUUAGCGGUUCUUUCUAUGUAUUACUGAUUCUAUUGAUAUUAUGUAAUAGAAGUCUGUUCACAUUCAUCUGAUCAGUUUGUUUCUACAAUUAAUAAUUUAGAACAUAUGUAUAAAGUUAGAACUUUUAGAAAAAAUAUAUAUACGUAUAUAUACAUUACACCUUCAUAUACGUAAGUGAAGAAUCUCGACUUUUUUUA